AAUAAGCUGAGCAGAAUGGCCAGUCUUGAUGAUUUCUUUGCCAAGAAAGACAAUAAAAAAAAAAAAAAAAAACCCAAUUACUUGGCCACCGAUGAGCUGUACAAAACGCUGGAGGAAUCUGCAAAGUUGGCCACGGAUGACGAUUACGUAAAGAGUCUGAAAAACGAGAAUCGUACAGAGGGGCCAACUGAAACUACAGGAUCGGCUAUGAAAUCGUUAGAAUUUUCACUUCUUUACCCAAAUGAAUCUGUUGAAGAGGAGGAUGAAUGGUCUCAAUUUACAGAGGAUAAUCGUAUGCAGCACAUGAGCUUGCGCCACAGUUCUGGCUCAGCAAUUCUGGCUCAAUUGGCCGUCGGCGAGGUCAAAGCUCAAGAUUCGGUGCAGAACGAUACAGGUGGCGAUGGCGUGGACGUGGGUCAGCAACUUGAUGACAUCGGCAAUACCACUUGUCCGUGGGUGAAAAUGAAGCAGACACUUAGGCAACAGGAGCUGAAGGAGCCGAUGUCCUUGAAGCAGCCAAAUAAGAAAGAACCGUCCGAGGUUAAGAGUCAAAUCUACAUACCACCUGCUCUCCGACAGAGCCAAGGUGACUUCAAUCACCGGGAUCAGACUGAGAGCCGUCUGCGCAAGGUUCCAUCCAAGAUGUCGGGAAAACCUCAAGCUCCUGAUCUCAACAGUGACGAGUAUUUCCCCAGUCUUAGCAAAACACCCAAACGCACCAAGUAGCCAUAUCACGAUGAUCCUUAAACUUACCGUUUGUGUUCACUAUGUUUAACGAUAUCAAUUUCUCUGGUCGAUCUGAUGCGGUGCCUCGAUUAAAUAAAAUUGAAAGCAAUCAGC